UAGCGAUGUGCUGUGAUUGCUGUGAUGUGCUAGCGACGCGCACAGAACCAGAACCAAAUCAACAAGGAUCUGCUGUGUAAUCCUUGACUGUUGUCGAGUAGCCCUAAGAUCGCAAUGAUCCGAAGAAUGUGGGCCCCGUUCAGUUACUGCAUCCGUGGUCGUCGGAAACUGAAGCCACUUUCUUAAUUUCGUACUCGCUACACGACGCGCAGUCGGGUCGUAAAUGCGCGAUGGGCUCCAACGCUUCCGUAUUGCAAUGGCACUGCAAAAACUGUACCUCCAUAAACCCGACAGACAGCGGAUCCUGCAUACGCUGCGGCGCAAGUCGAACGGUGCCCGAAGACGACGAUGCAUCCAGGGAACCAUUGCCCCAAAACUCCAAGGACGGGUCUUCGAAAUUCACUCUAACAUCACGUCGCGUGGAGAGCCGAGUGGAGCCUGGAGCGUUUUCUGUUGCUCCUGAAAGGAACCCAAGCGAGAACUCUGAACAGCACAUCUAUGACUUACCCUGUGAUGAUAACACUGAAACUUCUGAAAAACAGGAGAAAAAGCCCCGGUGCAUAAGUUGGCAUGGAUUGCCAGAUGAAGAUGACUCCGUCAUAGAUGAUAUUCCCGAUGACCUGCCCCUACCCCCACCUCCAGAAGAUGCAGAUGACACAACGGAUUCUUCAGGAGAAUCUGCUAAAGACGAUGAGCCCUUGUAUGUAGAGCUUUCCCAGUGCCUGUCUGAGGAUGCUAGUGGUCUUAAUAGCAAUGGUGUUGUAGCAGGUGAAGUUGUUAUCAACAAGAACUCGCCAGCAAACUAUUUAGACCACACAUUCGUCAAGUGCAUCAAGAAGAAGAAGCCAAAAAAAGAUGAACCUGCUGAUCCAGGUACACCACCACGGCUCAGCGAAAAGUGGUACUGCUUCCAGUGCCAAGAAUGGAAUUCCUUGUCUAAUAAGGUUUGUGUGGCUUGUGGAGAGCCAUUCUGCGAUGACAUUGUUGCCACGGGAACUUUAAAUGGAAAAACACUAGGUCGUGACACAACAAUCAGUUCAGCAGAUUAUGCGACACCGCCAGAAAGCCCAUCUUCUCUCAUCCCAACGAUUGAGGAGCCGCCACGACAUAGGCAACAGCCACUCAUUCGACGAGCUUUGAACCGUCUGUUCAGGCUGAGUGCAGAAGGUGGUGCACUCGUGUCGGCUAUAGCCAAUGCCCAUUCCGCAGAUGACGUAACACUUCUGGAUUCCCCAUGGGUGUGCAAGCGAUGCUCACGGCACAAUGAGGCAUCAUGUGCAAAGUGCCCUGGCUGUGGGCUGUCCCGCAUGCCAGCAGCAACCUUUCCACUGUUGCUACCACGCAAUGCGUUCAGCCUUGGCUUUCUGGCUGAAGUUUUGGGUUCUCAGAAGCGCCAUUUUACAGCGCGACGAAGCCGCUCACUUUCUGAAGUAAAAGGAACUCAGACAUUAGAUGGACGCAAAAGCUCUCCAUCAAGCCCUGCUACCGGCAAUGGCCUGGCUGCUCCCAAGGAGGACAUGUGGAUGUGUUCAGGAUGCUCAUUCGCUCACAACCCAUCUUCGGCCUCGAACUGUGAAGUGUGUGGGACAUCUGAUGGCCGUGGUACCAUUUCGCGCUGGGUCUGUGUGAAGUGCACAUUAAUCAAUCCGGGCCAGGACCGAUUUUGCAGUGCCUGUGGUGGCUCCAAGCUAAAUAGUGUGGCAGCAAAACGUUACCAGACACUCAAGCCCCAUGAGAGUUGGGUGUGUCCUCACUGCACCUUGCGUAACCCAAACCACCUUGCUGAAUGCUGUGCAUGCAGCACCCAGCGGCCACCACUGAUUAAUGUUGGCACAGCACGAGCCAGCACUCGCAACCGACGCAUGACAAAAUUGCUCGGGGAGCCCGGUGAAGAUGCUUGGGAAUGCCCGUCGUGCACAUUUCUUAACUCUGGCCCCCACGCAGCUUGCGAAAUGUGCUGCACAUCACGUAGCCUUGUGUCCCUUCGACCGGAGGCUGCACGGCCGCGGGGUGCCACAGGACGUGGCGAAAGUGAACUCAUGGAAGAGCUGCGCCGCAUUGAAGAAAGCGAGGCACGAGAGCGGUGGGACCACAUUGUCUCAUUUUGUAAAGCGAAUCGGGAGCCCUUUGUGGACGACUCAUUUCCACCUCUGCUAAAGUCACUGUACUACAAUCCUGAUGAGCCAAGGGAAGAAAUUGCAGUCAAAUGGCUUCGGCCAUUUGAAAUAACCUGUGACCCCAAGGAAUCCAAGAUAUCGUGGACCGUAUUCCGAACCCCAAUGCCAUCUGACAUAUCCCAAGGCAUCCUAGGCAACUGCUGGCUACUGUCGGCUCUUGCUGUACUGGCCGAGCAGCCAGAGUUGGUGGAGCGUGUCAUGGUGACUCGCGCCAUCUGCCACCAGGGUGUGUACCAGGUGCGGCUUUGUAAGGACGGUCAGUGGACGACGGUGCUGCUUGAUGACCUGCUGCCAUGUGAUGCCAAGGGCUGCCUCGUUUACUCCCAGGCUAAACGAAAACAGCUGUGGGUGCCAUUGAUUGAAAAGGCUGUGGCGAAGCUUCACGGCUGCUAUGAGGCACUCGUGUCUGGCCGGUGCAUCGAGGGGCUGUCAACGUUCACCGGAGCACCGUGUGAAAGCGUACCUCUUCAAUACUCGUCUUCUCCAAAUGAAGAAGGCAUUGAUGAGGAUCUGAUUUGGGCACAGCUGCUAAGCUCAAGGGCUGCUGGGUUUCUGAUGGGUGCCUCGUGUGGUUCCGGCAACAUGCAAGUGAAUGACCAGGAUUACCAUGCAGUGGGACUGCGCCCACGACAUGCCUACUCGGUGCUCGACGUCCAAGACGUCGAGGGAGUUAGGCUGGUGCGCCUUCGAAAUCCAUGGGGCCACUAUUCUUGGAGAGGUGACUGGUCUGACAACUCUCCUCUCUGGACACCUGAAAUGCGGGAAGCACUGAUGCCUCAUGGGGCUGAUGAUGGUGUAUUCUGGAUGUCAUUCAGCGACGUCCUAAAGUUCUUUGAUUGCAUCGACAUAUGCAAAGUUCGGGUCGACUGGAACGAGGUUCGCCUGCAAGGCGUGCUUCCACCGCAGACAGACAAGGACAGCCAAGCUGUCACCCUGCUCACAGUUCUCGAAGGCACUGAAGUAGAGUUUGGCCUUUUUCAGGAAGGCCAGAGGAGUGCUGAACGUUCUCGGCGCUGCCAGUUGGACUUGUGCGUGGUUGUGUUCCGGGCACAGGACCCUGCUGCGGGUCUCGUAGGCCCGCUGGUGAAGCACUCCAAACGACAGGUUCGCAGCUUCGUCGGCUGCAACGCAGUGCUUGACCCAGGUUCCUACAUGGUCGUCUGUCUUGCCUUCAACCAUUGGCACACAAGCCUCACGAAGAUCGACCAGUACCCAAAGUUCCUGCUAGCCAUUCACAGCUCCAAGCGGCUGCUGGUCGAGACGGUCAUUCCGCAUGCCAACGUGUUGGCCGAUGCCAUAAUCAAUCUGACUGUGGCCAAGGGAAGGAGACACGAGGGGCGUGAGGGCAUGACUGCAUACUACCUGACAAAAGGCUGGGCUGGCCUCGUGGUGGUUGUGGAGAACCGAUUACCUGACCGCUUUGUCCAAGUGAUCUGCGACUGCUCUGAGAGCGUCAAUGUGGUUUCUACCAGAGCAACCCUCAGGACUGUCGACAGCAUUCCACCGCUACACAGGCAAGUUAUUAUCGUCCUCACUCAACUCGAAGGCAGUGGCGGCUUCUCUAUUGCUCAUCGCCUGACUCAUCGGGUGUCCUUCACGGGCGGCCUGCACGACUGGGGACCCUCGGCGACCAAUCAUGUGCCACCAAUUGACCGCAAGGUGUAUGGGCUGCACACUCCAAGGCCUCUCUGAUUGUCUAAUCUGAAGAGGGCUGCCUUAAAUUUGGGAGACUUUCACUGGUGUUGUACAUUUGAAAGUUCUUACAUGCAUUAUCAAGCAUGUGCAGAUGCUGCGGUUGGCUACAGCCUCGAGAGGUCUCUACAAUUUGUGCAAACUGCCCAUUGCUUUUGGAUGGAAAAAGCAUGUACUAGUCGCAUUCUCGCAAGGCGGGAUGUUAGGGAAUGUGAGAGACUGCAGAUGUGCAGUGCAUUCAUAAGCAUGCCUUUUUUACUUCUUUAAAGGUAAAACAUGUAGCCACAGAGAUGACUUUAUGCGCUUGAUUUCAACAGGCGCACCUUCCACAAUGAAAUCUAUCUUAGCGCCUCUUCUACAAAGAAAAGCACGCACACACAGGAUAGCAUUUCUUUAGCAGUACUGAAAAAUACACACACAGUCACAUCCCAGAUCACUGCAGAGAACAUGUAAAUGUUUGUGUUUUCAUGGUACGCAUUUAGAAAAGUAAAAAAGAACAACAGGUCUAGAUACACAUUUGUAAAAGUGUCAGCCAGAAUGUGUCUAGUCUAGUCUGACACCCAUUCUACCUUCGUUUUGAAGGUUAGGAGCCUGGAAGAAAGAAGGCUUGCGGCAGCCUUCGGGGCUUGCAGGUUAGUAUGGUGUACACUUAAAGAUGUUGCACCUUUUAUGGCGUAAUUUCUACUCGGAACAAUAGCUGAAGUCAUCCAUUUGGUUACUUCCUUCCUCCAAUGCCUCAUGUCUGGUGUUUUCUGUUGGGAACACAGUGGACACACAUAACAUUCCCAACAGUACAGUAAUUAGUGCAUGUCAUUAGAGAAAGAAAGUGCCCACAAGCACGAUGAUGAUUGUAAUUGAUGGACAAAAAAUCAUACCAUAAAGGGAGCAACAUUUUUUUUAGGGUGCAGGAGAAGUCGUUGCCCACACUCGUGAAGCACAAACCCACUGCCCGUUAAUUACCGGAGUCAGAGGCAAUUCAGUGGUGUUUGCCCCAGUGCCACUAAAAUCUAUAGACUCGGGCACAAUUGUUUAGCCUGUUAUUCCGAGGUUAUUACAGAACACAUGAGCUUCAAUUGGUAUUCGGCUCUUCUCCUACUGCACAUUUCACUUUCAUAGUGGAGGGAUUGUCCUAACUCUGGUGCAGCCACCUCUGAAUGGCUUCGAGCUAGACACGCGUGUGUUAAGGAUCUUGUACAAGAACAGCUGGUACAUCUAGAAUGGAAAAAUGUUUUUUUCCAUUAGUGAACAGUUGUUUAUUAUAGUGUGGAGUGGGAGUUUUCUAGCUGUAAUGGGUGUGAGAAAGGAGUGCGAUUGUUUGUCAACCAUGCCUGCAUUCAUGCUCUAUUUUUGUGGCAAGUCUGGUUUGCAAGCUGCAUCAUUGGCUUGCUUAUGUUGGAAAGGCUGGCUUUAACAAUUCCAUGGAGACUGAGCGUUGCACUCACAUAGUGUAGGGCACUGAAAUUGACUGUGCCACCCUGAGCUCUAAACGUUCAGGUGAAUUUGUGCGCAUUGCAUCCAAAGUGGCAGUUUCUUUACUGGUCUUAAGGGUGUAUUAGUGUGGCGAAGGUCAGACCAGUCUUGACAUGUACCAGAAUACUGAUAGGCAUAGAAGCAAACAGCAGUGCAAAUGGUAUCAUCUUGUAACAUGCCGUUUAACUGAAGUGCACAGAGCCUUUGAUUGAAAUUACCGGUUGUCUCUACUAAUCUCGUGGCGUAAAUGCUCCAAUAUAAUCAUUGUGACUGCCAACUUUCUCGACUUUCCUGCCAAGUUUACGAAUUUGGGUACGCUUUACAAUUUUACGAAUCAAGGUUUACAAAAAAUAAAUUUUGUUAAAGAAAAAGUUUCGCUCGUUGGUCUCUGAUUUAGUGUUAGAAGUCUUCUGAGAAUUAAAGGAUGCGAGAUGGAUACUACUUGCUUUGAGCAAUUUUAUACAGGCACAAAUUUAUCCUGAAGCAAGGGAAAUUGCCAACAACAAAGUCGCUUAAUAACACCACUGUGAUCUAAAGACAAAAUGUGUUACUUCUCAAUUGCUGCUGUCCUAACAUUGCUGCUGCUGCUUGUGCACUGUAUCUAAAGCUAAAUCAUUGUUAAAGUAUCUAUAUGUUCGACAUAAAUUGUGUGCUUACUGCAAACUUUAAAAAAAAAAAGUGUCCUAUUCUGUGCUUACCUCCCCCCCCCCCCCCUUCCCGCCUUCUUGUUUGUGUCGUGUCAACUUUUACAAAUUUAAUGUUCAUUGGUUGGCAGGUGUGGUACUCUGACGUACUUCUUCAAAAGAGAAGAGUCGUGGAAUGCAAAAUGUUGCUAAUGCAUCAAAGUUGAUUACAAUGCUAGAAGAUCUUACCAUUAGCACUGCUGCUCUCAUAUACGUCUUCCGGUAUUCUGGUACACAUCUACACUAGCAUGUCUCUGCUAUGCUAAAGCUCUCUCUUUGCUUUCGGAAGAGAGGCUGGAACAAGGGUUUACGCUGCUGUCAGUAUGCUGCCUCACUUUUCUGUAACAAUGCAGCCCCUUCAUCUACAAGGUGUUAUAUUUUUUCUAGUUACAUUGUAAUUUAUAUUUAUGCUUUAUAUGUUGUUAAUUUAUUACCUCUCUCCCCUUUUUCUUCUUUACUGAAUAGUGUGAAGCAACAUUCCACGCUCUGCAGAAGCAUUUGCAUAAUAUAGUGCACUAAACUGUUUACAUGCACGAACGCAUGUCAGACGCGUGGACAUUUAAAAACUUAUCAAAUCUCGAAAUCCUCCCCUUCGAUUAGGAAAAGAAAGCAUCAUGAAGUCAUUGGUCUGCAUCUCUCUCUCUCUCUCUCUCUUUCCCUAAUAUUUAUGUUGUAGACAGAACACGCGAGAAGGCAAAGUUAUUAGUGGUAUUUUUCAGAUUUUAUUUUGUGUAGAUGUUACUACUUACCAUUCUAGCUCAGUUUUAAAGAAUACUCACUGCUCAAGUCAAAGCAUGCUUUUUAGGUAUUAUAUAUAUUUGUUGAAUUUUGUUUCAGGUAUUUAGGAGUAUACGUGUUCGAUAUGUUUGAUCCGCACUACCAUUUUCAUUGUAAUGGAUGUCCUAAACUAAUGCAACACAAUUGGGAAUGUGCUUUGUGCCCUCAUUCUCAUGCUGUUAUUGCAGGGACGCUGCCUAAUAAGAAGAGCCAUUAGGUCUGCCAACAGAACUGAUUGAAAGAUUUCGUGCUGGCUUUCCUAAUUAAAAAAAAGAAAAGAAAGAAGAGAGAGAAUUAGAAAUAGUGGCGAUGGAAGCAUAUCUUCAUGGCACAUUUAAUCUCAUUUUUGCUUUGAACUAACUAGUAAUCUCAACUCGCGUUUAAGGUAUGUGAUGCUAUCGCCUAAACCCACAGUAUUACUUCAGUCACUUGUGUAAUUAAUUGUUGUGUUGAGGCAUGUCAGUGUUCCUGUCAACAAAACACAAGUCUGUUCUGGUUAAUUGCUUCGUAGGUUUUAUGGCCUUGAGGCCAUGUAAACAUGGACAGGUUAGUGCAAUAAUUAUAUUUUGAGUGAAAUUUUGCUUUUUGUUGCUGUGAGAUCCGAAGAUUAGUCAAUAAUGUGUUCUUUCAUUUUUUUCUUUUCAUUAUUAUUUCUUUUUUAGAGUUAAAAACUGUGACAAAAUUAUUUUUAUGUGUUUGUUACUUUGCCCAGGAGAAAUUGUUCAAACAUAACCUACUGGUUCAAGUGGAUCACAGGCCCAUUUCUGUUUGCUACUCAUCAGAAGUGAGCAAUCAACAAAAGCCAACUGAAGUGGCUAAUGAACUGGUCCACCUGGUUACUCAAUUUUCACGUGUAUUAUGUUGAACAAUGUGAAAUGUAUCGUGUCAUUACUCUCAAAGGCAGAGGCCAAAUUUAAACAUGCUUUGUUUAUAGUAACCACUCAUUUUUUUUGAACAAGUGUGUAGCUUUCUUAAGCUUCAUUACAUAGUCAGUCAUUUUCUCUUCUAGUAGUCAACCUGUUACUGCAAUAUUUAACGAAAAUAUUAUUUUAAAACAAUAAUUUAUCAGUGUAAAGUGAUUCAGUACUUGUAUUUAGUGUCCCUUUAAGCUUUAAGCUGCAUUUCGUGCUGGAAAAUUCUAGUUCAUAGCAGUGUGUAAAAACGACAAGCUGUUCUAGUCUCUUUGCUUACGCCAGUUCCAAAGCAAACGUAGAAAAGUAUGCUACAAUAUUUCUUUUCGUUUGGUUCCUUUCUGAUCCUACCAUAUUUUGCCCUAGCUAGCCCAACUUUUUUACACAUUCUAAUUCCCAUCCCCGCAAAGACAACCUUCCAAAAGUCUAGUCUGAUUGGCUGAUGUAGCGGAAGCAGCAAGGUCUAUUCAAAUAUGACGAGAACAGUGCAAGCACACCCACAGCACACUCUCAGAAAGCUCUUCAUUAUAAGCUGCUAAAAUCCCCCUAAGCCCCUUGUUUCAAAAUCUGGACCCAGUGUUCGGCAAACAGCACGGGGGUGUGAUGACUGCUACGUCACCUGCGAACAGCAAAACUAACUAUAAAACAGCAGUUCUUGAGCAGCACAACACAUUAAGAUCUCAGGACGCACUAUAGGCAAGAUUCAAUGCAGCACUUUGAAUCAGCACCUUUAUUCAGUCACAUUAUGCAUUCAGAAAGCUUUGUACCGGCUGAUAGGGGCACUUCGUUUCAUGAUGUCUUGUAAUGGUGAUGCAUCCGUCAGUUAAACACCCCCAGAAAGGUCCCCAAGCUUGCCCAGAGUUUGAAGCAAAGUUCCAGAACUGGUACAAUUGAAAAACUCUUGACCAGUAUAACGUAAGGAUUCCUUUUCCUCUAUUCUAUUCUCAUCAUCACCAGCACAUAGCCGACUGAUCCCAGUGAUAACAUAGGUGAAGUGCCCCUUGGACCACUGACGAAGCGUGAAAAUAUAUAUAAUUGGAAUAUAAUUGUUGCAUUAUUCCAGCCCUGCUCUUUCAUAAUGCUUACCGUUGUUAUCUAUUUGCACUGCCUUCCAUCUCCCGAAGUUGUGGAAAUGCCUACCUUGCAUUAAGGCCACGAAACACUUCUCAGUCUAAUAAACUAUGUAAGUAGUAAUGCGUUGCUUCCCUAACAGUUUUUGCUUGCAAAUAAGCAAGACAGUUGUCUAAUCAUUUUUACAACUCUGGCUGCUCCACACGUCUCCAAGAAGAAAACUUUCUGAUUUUGUAUUUCAUUAAAGAAGUCCACACAGAAAUUGUAGAUGCAUGGCAUUUGAGACAUUGUUCUGUUGACCGAUCGCUGAGGUCAUUUAAUGUACGGCUGCAAAACCACCAUCGAUCACUAGUGCAUUGGAUGCUUCUUGUUAUAAUUGGACCAGUUUGUACUUUUCCACUGGUUGAACCAAUCAGACUAUAAUCCACCAACGUUGUCUUAACAAGGACGAGAAUGGGGACAAGUUCCAUGAUGACCGGCGUAGGAAAGGCAUCACUAGAGUCAGUGAUAAAGAGUGAAAGUAAUCAAUUUGGUAUAGAAUUAAGUGAAGUCAUUUAUUUGUUUUGGCUCUCAAUAUAGAUAUAUUCUUUUCAGAAGAACUUCACUUUUGCCUAGUUGGUGUUUACUGCAUAUCAUAUUGACUGCAAAUAAAGACAGGGACAGCGGAAAAAAACACAAAAACGACACCGCUGUGUCGUUUUUGCAUUCUCUUCUGCUGUUCUUGUCUUUAUUUGCAGUCAAUAUAUGUACAUUGUUUUCACUCUGACAAAGUGUUUGGUGGCAAAAUUCUGCCGUAAUAAUAAAUUGGCAACCGACAGCUGGUUUUCAAUACCGUCAGAAAUGUCCUUGGGCAAGCCAUUUUGGAAGAAGCAUCAAAUGGCGCUUGUCUGUGUGCGAGAUGAUCUCAGUUUCUUUUCACAGCAGAUUGAAUUGCUGCAAAAUGUGGCUGUUGCAGCUUUUCCUACCUAUGUUUGUAUCUCAUGCUCCAAUACCUCAAAGUGUUGUGAAAACGUGAAACUCAUUUACAAGAAAACUAUGCUCUCUAUCUCUCUCAUGUGAGCACAUGAUAGCUUUUAGUUUGCUGCCACUUAUUCCACGUUAUAAUAUUGAAAUAAAAGUAACUUCUUUCUAGAUUGUUGUGAUGUUUUACAUGUGGGCAUAAACAUUAACUCUGGCAUGCAUGGCUGACUGGAUUACAGCAGUUCUAUUGCAAAUAUGCAUAGCAGGCAGCUACAGUGCAGGCAACAAAGCCAUGUCCUUUAAAUAAUUUAAAUUUAAAAUUGAUAGUCUUAUAUUUGUUUAGCAUUGGAAUUAACAUGAUACAGAAGUCUGCCUCUGGACUGUUAGUUGUGGAUUGCUAACAUCCUGUGCAUUUUAUUUUAACAGCCGGAAACCAUUAGGGGAGACAAGUUUUACCACCUGUGUGUAUGGUUUUUAGGUUACACACAUCUUUAAAUGAUUACUUGUGAAAACACAUUAUUUCCAGAGCUCCACCAGUCCAACUAAAUUACUUGAGCAGAUGAACAUUACUUGCUCAGUUGAUCACAAUGAUCAGUUACUGAUUAAAAUAUGUUCACUAAUAAACUUUUUAAUUGCAUCAGGGCAUGUGUCGCAGUAGCAGAAUUGAAACGAAAACAUUAUGCCACAGUUGAAUAGGUUCUACCACACACAAUUACUUCUAGGAUGCUUUGACUGUAAUGCAAAUUGCCCAACUGUGCCAGCUAUCACACACUUGGCUGUGGCAAGACUACUUUGUUGGACAAUGUUUUGGUACAAGCUUUGGCUUAGAAAACAAGUGCACACCUAAAAUGAUUUCUGUGUACCUGCGGGCUUCUUUCGGAUAGUGGCUUCAUGAGAGGUAUAUUGUGGAAUUUUUAUCGCCUAUUGUAAUUCUUUGAGGAAUGUUCUCACACUAGCAUUCAGAAUCUCUGUAUAUUGUGAAUUUUUUCCCAGCUGUUCUUUGCUGGCAAAGGUGUUUAAGCUUACUUCAUGUUCAAGAUCUUAUGCAUUUUACAAUAUUUAUUAUAAGCCUGGGUUGUUUCCUCUUUAUAAACAAAGCACCGCAUCGUCAGGAACAAAAACAUGUGAACGUGUUUGGGGAGCCUAGUUACCAGUGAUAGGCACAAAUGACCUUCGUGAUGCCACUAUAGUGAAACAUGUGCCAGUGAUCUGUGUCAUGUAACAUGAUUGAACGUUUGUAGAAAUAUAACCACUUGCGCCACUGGAUUUUCAACAGGUGCAGUUCAUCAAUGGUGUGCAAUCGUUUUGUGAUACAACUUAGAGCUGCUACUAAACUUAUUGGCUCCAACUUGCAAUGUGUAAAUAAGUUCCAGCAUUUGUAUACCCAGUCGAAAGCAGAGUUUCUAAGAUUUACUCACUGCAUGUGACAACAGUCACCAAGCAUGUCUCAUGCAGUCUGUGCUUUUUGCUUUUGCAAGCAAAGGAACACAAUAUUGAAAUAUGUGCAGAGUGUCUUCAUUUCAAGGUAGUGCCGUUUUUAUCACCCAUGUAGAAGAUCCAUGUGGAAACCUUAUUUCUUUAGCAAUGAUAGUGAUGUUUUUCACUGCACUGCCUAUAGGCUUGGUUCGUGUGUAGCUUUUGCAUGCAGUGGCUUUCGUAUAUCAUUGGUGUUACAAAAGUGCUUCUUCCACGAAGAAAAAAAAAGGCUUUCGCAACAUUCCAAUUAAAUUUUUGCUUAUGCUGCAUAAGAACACUCGAAGUGUUAUCAAAGCUUGUACUUUACUUGCGUGGUGACAUGGACUUCAGGCUGUACAGCCUGUAUGACGUAAAAUUAGCUUUUUGCUGUGUCAUCGCUCAUGUUUUUUCAUUUGUAUGAAAGUGUUUGUGUAUGCAAUGAGUCAUGCCCAGUGUCAGUCAUUGAAAUCUAUAUUAAAAAAAACUGCAUACGUGCGUGCUGCCAUUA